GAAGCGAGUCGCUCAGUCUCGGCAGCGUUCAUCCAUUCUCUCUCGCUCUCUCUCUCUUUCUCUGUGCGUGUGUGUGUGUGUGUGUGUGUGCGUUUGUGCGCGUUUGUGCGCUCGCGUGUGUGUGGGCGGCACUCCCCGUAAUCACACAGCUCUGUGUGCGUCCUCGGUGCGAACCGAGGGGCUCCCGACACGGGCUGUUCUCUGCCACUCUGGAAGCGAAAAGAGGAUCGGAGCGAGAAAGUGGAGGAGAAGAAGAAGAAAAAGGGGGGAGAGAAAAGAGAAACUACGCGGGACAGACUCCCCUCCGAAGCCGCCUUCUUGUCGCACGGAUUCCGCUGUUUUGGAAGCAGGGAGGGCGGGGGACGCGCGGAGCGGAGCGGAGCGCAGCGACGCAAAGCGGGAGGAAAAGGGGCUUUUUCCGAGCACGGCGUGCUCCGUUCAGACCCAACAUGGCGCUGCUGCGAGGUACGGACGAGCUGAUUUAAUUUCUCCGCCGAGCUCACCUCACCACCUGUGUCCUCUGAGCGGCUCGGAUCGAACAGUUUUUUUUUUCUUUCUUUCUUUCUGACUGGUCGGAUCCUCUUUUGUGGAUUUUUUUCCCCUCUUUCUUUCUUUCAGGAUUUCCCCCCUCCGUCUCUCCGUGUCGGCGCAGGAUCUUUUUGUAGCUCUAUGGAAGCUCCUAAAAAGUCCGCUUGAAAUAGUGAGUGAAGGAUGAGAGUCGGCUGUAGACAAUAGGACACACAUUGAGGGGUUUAUUUGUAAGAUUUGCCUCGUUCCGUGACAAGUGGAUAACCUGUUAGACACUUUUUUUAUUCUUUAUUUUUUUUCUCCUCCUCCUGGCCGGGAUCGUCUGUCUCCAGCAGACAGGAGCGGAACCGGGGGCCAGUCUACGUAUACGUCCACGCACUGGGAGACAAAAAAAAAAAAAAAAAAAAAAAAAACAGGACAAAAGACUUGAAUCGGACACUACGGAACUUGCACCAUUUAAACAGGGCAACAUCUGUUCGUGAUGUCGAUGCUGAGACACAAACUGACCUGGCACUAAGACGAGGAAACGACAUCACACAAAAUAUGGUGGAUGCAAGGUUGACGCCCCUGGCUGCGAUGGGGCUUGACCGAAGCACUCUGAUACACGACAGCCUCCGUCUCCAUGGUGGGGUCGUAUACCCAGGGAUCAGAACCCUCCCAGCGGAGAAGAGCAGAGAGACACCCACCCUCCCACUCGCCUACAGUAGGGAUGGUCUCCCAGAGCUAAUUUACAAACCCGACAGCCCUCUGGACAGUCGUAAGCCUGCAAAUGGUUACCAGAGCCUCUAUAAGGGAACCCACCCAAGCCUUCACAAGCCUGUGCUGGUUACUGGAGCUGAGGGCCUUGGCUUGGAACGGCGAGUAGGGCCCGGAGAAAAAGUGUCAGAGCUGGGGCUGGCUGGAGCGGGUGGCAGCUACCUCCGCAUGCCUUUGCUGAGCCCCUACCCGGAAGCAGGCAUGUAUUCCUUUAUGGACACCUCCAAGUAUGCUGCUUUGAACAUAUACAAAGCGUCCCUGCUCACCCAACCUAGCCCCUACCUUCCCCAGCACCUGCCCUACCCACCCCUGUGUGCAGCCCAGGGGGCCAAUGUUACAUCUGCUGCAGCUGUUUCUGCUGCUGAGAGGCUGUACUAUAUGCCUCCCUACCCUCCAUCUCCCAUUUCUUCUCCUCUGGUGGCCCCUCCCAUGAGGAUUCCUGCGGUCACAGUGACCCCCACUUCGCUGGUACACUGCCAAGACAAAGGACUCGGUGUUACAUCUCCAUUUUCUCAGCAGCUUCAUCAACCCUCUCCUCAUCCUCAGCACCAUCAGGCAGCCAUGGAACGAGACCGUUCUCCGAGCAGGAGCAGCAGACCAAGCAGACCUCCAUCCAGGAAGGGCACAACCAACAAUAGCACCAGUAGUACCAGCACCAGUGGCACCACUGUCGGGAGUAAUAGUCUGCCUGCUGAUUCUUCCCACAUGUCCUCCCGCCUCCCCCAGCCUCCCUCUCUGCCUGCUCUCCUUGACAAAGCACUGGAUUUGCAAAGGCCAGUUGCCAGAAUAGGACAACCAUCCGCCUCUUCUGCAGCUUCAAUAGUUGCAUCCUCUGCCGCUACGCAGUCCAUUGCUCACCCUUUUUCUAUUAGCAGCAUGGCAUCAGAGCAGGCCUCCUCUGCCAGACCCAGCCCUCACAAACCCAGGUCACGAGAUGGGACCUCUGAGAACAGAGGUGCAGGAGUGGAAAAAGUUUGCAGCAGGUCUCCUUCUUUAGUCAAUUUUGAGAGGCCAGCUAACCAAUCUCAACCAACCAAAGACUCUGCAGAGAAGCCUCUGGAUUUGUCAGGAAGAAUGAUUGAGUAUGGGCUGCCUGCCAAUGGUUUCUCAGUUAAGAUGGACUCUGUGUCAUCUGGCACCCGUUAUGGACUUCCCUCCGGUCGAGAGCUUCUAAAUGAAAAUGUAUCCCUCUCCCCUUCCUCCCAUCCUCAUUCUGUGGUCUGCAGCACUUCUUCAAAGGUCUCAGAGAGACCAGAAAUGAUCAGCACUUUACACUCAUCAUGGGUUGUACCAAGCCCUUCUCCCUCACAUGCACAGCACACGUCGGGUUUGCCACCCUCUCCGAGGUCAAAUGCAGACCUGGGCCUUUCACAAGCCAAAGGCACCUCGCCCUCUGUCAUCAAGAACAAGGGUCUAGAGAGGGUUCUCCCUCAGCAGCGAAGCUCAUCCUGUCCAAGGAUUGGAGAGUCCAACCUCAGUGUUCCUUCCUCUCAACACUCUGGCUGCUCUUUGAUCAGCUCCAGGGCUCUUUCCCCGAAACCUAACGGUGAAUGGGUGAAGCACAGCCCCAGCCAGUCAGCACAUCACAGAGAGGGAACAGAGAAGUCUGCUCAGACUAAUAAGAGAAGUGAACAAACUCCAGACCUGUCAUCGUACAAGAGGCCAUGUUUGGAGAAUGGUCACCCUCCUCCCCACCUUUUUCUUCCUCAAAGUGAAGCUUAUUUGAACCACAGCUUGGCUUAUGCUAACAGAUAUCUGCAGUACCCCAUCCCUGAUGGCUUGGCGCUACACUCCGUCCCAAUUUCAGGGAAAGGCCCAGUGUACCCUAACCCUGUUCUGCUUGGCAACAACGGCCUUUACCCACCCCACUUGGCUGGAAAACACCCUUUAACCUACUCAAAUCUCCCAGCUGGUCCGGGCACAGAAUACCUCACUUAUAACUCACAGGAGAUGGUCCAUCCGCUGAUGCAGACACUCUCUGACAGCAAGCUGACAGACAGGGCAGAUGCAACACUAAAACCCCGGGGACAAGACAGACCACGGGGAGCUGUCGAAGAAGGCGGGAGCCACAGAGAUCACAGUGCUGGGAAAGAGACAGGCGAAGGCAACCAAAUGAAGCAUGAUAGGGAGGUAGGCGUGCAAGGACAGGGUGGCAGUCAAAGCAAAAACCUCCCCUCAUCAGUGGCGUCCAGAGAAAAGAUUGUCUGCAUUGACCUUGUACACUCAGACACAGAUAUUGAGUCUACCCCAACAGUCUACAAACAGCCUUCUGCUGAGACUAGCAACAAGGGGAACCAAAAUGAAUGUCAUAGCAGUCAAAACCUGACAAACACUGACAGUGAAACUAAACACGAAGCACAUCUAAGCCACUCUGGACCGACCCCCAACCUGAAGGUGAACAACACUGAUGGGCAGCAAGAAGCUGUAUUUGGUAAAGGAAAGAUUCCCCAGGAAACACCCUGUCUUGUCGAGGUAUCAAGGACAUCCCAGAGCAGACCAGAGCUCUCUGAUGCAGAAGAGAGCACAGAGGAAAGUAGCCCCAGCCCAGACCCUGGGGAUCAAGAUCAGAGCACUUUACGCUGUGCCCGUACCUCAGGGGAGCGAAGCUCUGGUAAGGACAAAAGAGAUGGGGGCUGCUGCGCUCCUCUGGCACAGCACAAUACAAAUGCAGUAAAGGAGUGUGAGAGGGAGGCUGAAAAAGAGGACAAUAUCGUUGAUCUUGGGGAGUCCCAAGCAGAGGGAGAUGAUGAAGAGGAGGAGGACGAAGGUACCCAGGCUUCAUCUAAAAACUCUCGUAGGUCCAGCUUGGCCAAACGGAUCGCAAACUCCUCUGGCUACGUUGGCGACCGCUUUAAAUGCGUCACCACAGAGCUGUACGCUGACUCUAGUCAACUGAGCCGCGAGCAGAGAGCAUUGCAGCGGGCAAUGAUGCGGUUCUCCGAGCUGGAGCUGAAGGAGAAGGAGGGCGGCGGCGGCGGUUUGUGCGUUUCUGCCUCGGUGGCGGCAGCAGGACGGGAGCUGGCAGACGGCCAGCGCAGAGAGAGAGCGCUGGAGCACUGCCAGCACACCACCAGGCAGGCAGAGAGGGAGGGUGUCCGUCUGCUGUACGCCAACAACAGAGUUCCGGUUCUCCAGAGGUGCGUGGCGCCGAGGGACCUCGUGUCCCCGGGUCACCGGGCUCAAGACGGAGCCAGGAAAGCGGCGACGAGAGAGUCUGAGGAGGGACUGUGCAUGCCUCCCACUCUGACGCCAUCAAAGGAGUUCCUGGAGGAAAAGGUCGGCCUGGGCUUCGGAGCUGCCAGAAAACGCCCGCUCAUCAAGGAAGAGCAGGACGACUCGGAGGAAGGGGAGCGGGAGAAGAGAGCCAAGCUUUCUACUGAUGAGUGCGAGCAGGCCAGUCCCGACGAAGAUGACGACGAUGACGAGGUGCGAAAGCUCAAAGUCCGCAUUGAGCUCAAGGGGCUGCGCCUCAGCAAGCCCGCGGCGUCACCCGACGGCUCCCAGUUCAAGCAGGAGAGGCCCUGGCCCCUGCCUCGCACGGGAAACCCGGCACAGACUCCGCGGGAGCGCAAGAUCCGGGCGGCCGAGCCCGAGGACCGGGCCGCGGCGCAGAGGAACGACAUCAACAGGAAGUGGGGCUGCGAGAAGCUACCUAAUGGAGUAGCUGCUCCCGCCCUUCCCCCCAGCCAGCCGAAGGACAGGCCGCACCAGCCGAGCCUCUUCUCAGGUGACCGCGGCCUUAAGGAGCCGAAGAGGGGGCCCCCGUCGCCGGCCCCGGAGCUCUGCGUGGGAGGCGUCCCUCCCCUCAAACCCCGUCGCCAUAGUGACACGGACAAACCCAAGGGCAAGCGGCCAUGCAAGACCAAGCACACGGGCCAGCGAGACCGAGAGAGGGAGCGGGAGAAGAGGAAAGAGGCCGCGCCCACCAGCCCCGGCCAGCGCUCGGCGCCUGAUCUGGGAUCGGCCGAGGACGACAAGCCGGCCGAGCAGCGCAGCGCUCCGAGGAAGAGAGCCGCCUCUCCUAAUCAUUAUCCCUGCUCUCCGCUGAAGCCCUGCUCCCCCGCCGCACUCUGCCCGCCCGCCCUGCUGCCCCAGGCGAAUGUCAGAGCUCCGCCGGAGGUGCCGCCGGGGCUGCACAGGACCCCCCCCCUGGAGACCGCCGCCGUGCGCCCCAUCCCGCCGGAGGCUCGGCGGCUGAUCGUGAACAAGAACGCCGGCGAGACUCUGCUUCAGAGAGCGGCGCGGCUCGGAUACGAGGAGGUGGUGCUGUACUGCCUGGAGAACAGAGUCUGCGAGGUCAACCACAGAGACUACGCGGGCUACUGCGCACUCCACGAGGCGUGCGCCCGGGGCUGGCUCAGCAUCGUUCAACAUCUGCUGGAUUAUGGCGCCGACAUCAACUGCAGCGCGCAGGACGGGACCAGACCCAUCCACGACGCUGUGGAGAACGACCACCUGGACGUGGUGCGGGUCCUGCUGUCGUACGGAGCCGACCCCACUCUGGCCACGUAUGCUGGCCGCACCCUGCUGAAAAUGACCCGCAGUGACAGCAUGGAGCGUUUCCUCUCUGAUUAUUUUGCUGACCUUCAGGGCCGCUCAGAUGACGAUCCAGGGCUUUAUUGGGAGUUCUAUGGCAGUGCUGUGUGUGAAUCUGGCGAAGAAGGUGGUGUUUACAACAUCCUGGCAGACGCCCCCGGCCCAGACAACGAGGACGAGGACGAGAAAAGGGAGGUGUUUGAGUUCGAGUUCUCUGACCGACCUCUGUUGCCGUGCUACAACAUCCAGGUGUCCCUCUCCCAGGGACCAAGAAACUGGCUGCUGCUGUCCGACGUGCUCCGGCGCCUGCGCAUGUCCGCCCGCGCCUUCCGACAAGCCUUCCCCCACAUGGAGGUCGUGACGGUGGCCGAGGCCGAGUUCUACCGGCAGGCGUCCCUGUCGCAGCUCUUCUCCUGCCCGGAGGAGCUGGAGGGCUUCCACCCAGACAGCAAGGACCUGCUGGACCUGGUGGAAGACAGCGCGGAGCUGGCCGCUCUGCUGGGCUCAACACUGGAGUGUCUGGACGACCGCUGGGACCACCCCGCGGACAAACUCAAGGACAAAAUGAAGGCGGCGGGCAGGCUGGCCUCAUCCUGACCUUGUUCCUCACCGAGUGGCGUUUGCUUUAGAACCAAUCAGAGGUUACAGAUAUGCCUUAGCGUGACCCUUAGUUCGCUCGGCUUCAGCCCGGUCCCGGACCAGCACUGGUGCACUGUACAGACAGACUGACCCACCGGCUGACUGGGCUACGGAAGCAUUUCUCUCCGUUAACUAAGGAUCGACACAUUUCUGACUCAAGAGACUUAAUGAUGGUCUUAUUUUUAUAAAUUAAUAUAUGUAUAAAUAAAUAUAUACAGUAUAUAUAAUAUGGAGAGCUUUUGUUUUUUCCCCGUUUGUGAUGUUGCUCACUGCUCCUCUAAAAGCUUUUUUUUUUUAUUGAGCAGUCGUGCUUUCAGCAACUGAACGGAGUGUGUGAAUGUACAGCGCACUGUGCAUGUUUCAUUGUACAGAAUAGUUCUGAGGCUGUGCUGUUCAGUCUGAUAUUUGUGUUUAUAGAAAGCACAUGAUGUCCAUUUUUUUCUCCCCUCCCCUAGUUCUCAAACUUUAGUGCUCGCUUGAGCCUCAGGGGCUACUUUGUUGUAAUUUUUUUUUUCCUUCUAAGUUUUCCUUUCAGGCUGUAAUUUAAACGUUCGAAACUGCAAAACUGUUUGUAUAAUAAAGUUUUAAGAUGGUGUUGAUAUUCCCCCUGUGGCACAGAGCUUGUAUAUAACGGGGAAGGCUACUGCAGUACGGUCAUUUUUUUUUUUCUUUUUGCCUUUUUCCUCAGUGUGUUCAUUUAUUUUUGUUUUGUUUUAACUUUGUAAUUAAAAUAUCCCAUAAUUUGUAUUUAUAUUUUACAAAAGAAGUUGCUUUAAAAUAAAUAUACAAACUGCAAGUUGAACCAAA